AACCCCUCUAAACCCAGACAGGGCAGGGAGCGGAGCCAUUUCCUGCUGAUUCUUGUUCCUAAGGGGUCCCCGGGCAGUUCUAGCCCCGGGGCUUCGCUUCGGGACUGUCGCUCCCCGUGAGCGAACACACGACGCUCGACGGGGCGAGAAACAGCGGGAGAGGCAAUGGGCGAGCGGGAAUGGCUGAUUGACCGGCUGAUCCAUUGCCAGAGGGUUUUCUAUUCCCUGAGGUUCCUCUGCCGUUUGCAUUGGUCAGGGCGGGGAGGGAGAGCGGGGCGAGCGGCGGCAGCGCCUGAGGGAAGUCCUGCCCGCCAAUCAAAGGGGCGGGAUUACAUCACAGCCGCCUCAGCUGACACACAGCGCCGCCUCCCAUUGGCUGCGAGCGAUGAUUGACAGGCGAUGGACCAACAGAGAACGGGCUCGGCUUCCCUGUCCCGCCCAGCGCUAUGAUUGACAGAGCGCUGCUCCAAUCCUCUGUGCGCACCGCCGUGAUUGACAGCCCGGCCCUCCAAUGGCGGCUCAGCGCGGGGGGGGCGGGGCGGUGCCGGAUGAGGAGACUCUGAGGGGAAGUUUGGCCGCCGCCGCCGCCGCGGGCCCGGCACCUCCGGCGCCACCAUGGGCAACCGUGGCAUGGAGGAGCUCAUCCCGCUGGUCAACAAGCUGCAGGACGCCUUCAGCUCCAUCGGGCAGAGCUGCCACCUGGACCUGCCGCAGAUCGCCGUGGUGGGCGGGCAGAGCGCCGGCAAGAGCUCGGUGCUGGAGAACUUCGUGGGCCGGGAUUUCCUGCCCCGCGGAUCCGGGAUCGUCACCCGGCGCCCCCUGAUCCUGCAGCUCAUCUUCUCCAAAACAGAAUACGCCGAGUUCCUGCACUGCAAGUCGCGCAAGUUCACGGAUUUCGAUGAGGUUCGCCAGGAGAUCGAGGCCGAGACCGAGCGCCUGACGGGCACCAACAAGGGCAUCUCCCCCGUGCCCAUCAACCUCAGGGUCUACUCCCCCCACGUGCUGAACCUGACCCUGAUUGACCUGCCUGGCAUCACCAAGGUCCCUGUGGGGGACCAGCCCCAGGACAUCGAGUUCCAGAUCCGGGAGAUGAUCCUGCAGUUCAUCAGCAGGGACAGCAGCCUGAUCCUGGCUGUCACCCCGGCCAACGUGGACCUGGCCAACUCUGAUGCACUCAAGAUGGCCAAGGAGGUGGAUCCCCAGGGCCUGAGGACCAUCGGGGUCAUCACCAAGCUGGACCUGAUGGACGAGGGCACCGACGCCAGGGACGUGCUGGAGAACAAACUGCUGCCCCUGAGGAGAGGGUACAUCGGGGUGGUGAACCGCUCCCAGAAGGACAUCGACGGCCGCAAGGACAUCCGCGCGGCGCUGGCGGCCGAGCGCAAGUUCUUCCUGUCGCACCCGGCCUACCGCCACAUGGCCGAGCGCAUGGGCACCCCUCACCUGCAGCGGGUGCUCAACCAGCAACUGACCAACCACAUCCGGGAGUCGCUGCCGGCGCUGCGCAGCAAGCUGCAGAGCCAGCUGCUCUCCCUGGAGAAGGACGUGCAGGAGUUCAAGAACUUCCGUCCCGACGAUCCCGCCAGGAAAACCAAAGCUCUGCUGCAGAUGGUGCAGCAGUUCGGGGUGGACUUUGAGAAGCGCAUCGAGGGCUCGGGGGACCAGGUGGACACGCUGGAGCUGUCGGGGGGCGCCCGCAUCAACCGCAUCUUCCACGAGAGGUUCCCCUUCGAGCUCGUCAAGAUGGAAUUUGAUGAGAAGGAUCUGAGGCGGGAGAUCAGCUACGCCAUCAAGAACAUCCACGGGGUCAGGACAGGGCUGUUCACCCCAGACCUGGCGUUCGAGGCCAUUGUCAAGAAGCAGGUGGUGAAGCUGAAGGAGCCGUGCCUGAAAUGUGUGGACCUGGUGAUCCAGGAGCUGAUCAACACCGUGCGCCAGUGCACCAGUAAGCUGGGCUCGUACCCGCGGCUGCGGGAGGAGACGGAGCGCAUCGUGACCACGCACAUCCGCGAGAGGGAGGGCAAGACCAAGGACCAGAUCCUGCUGCUCAUCGACAUCGAGCUCUCCUACAUCAACACCAACCACGAGGAUUUCAUCGGCUUCGCCAAUGCUCAGCAGAGGAACACACAGACCAACAAGAAGAGAGCAAUCCCCAACCAGGGGGAGAUCCUGGUGAUCCGGAGGGGCUGGCUCACCAUCAACAACAUCAGCAUCAUGAAGGGAGGCUCCAAGGAAUAUUGGUUUGUGCUGACAGCAGAGUCCCUGUCCUGGUACAAGGACGAGGAGGAAAAGGAGAAGAAGUACAUGCUGCCCCUGGACAACCUGAAGAUCAGGGAUGUGGAGAAGGGAUUCAUGUCCACCAAGCACAUCUUUGCCAUCUUCAACACGGAGCAGAGGAAUGUGUACAAGGACCUGAGGCAGAUCGAGCUGGCCUGUGACUCCCAGGAGGACGUGGACAGCUGGAAAGCCUCGUUCCUCAGGGCUGGGGUCUACCCUGAGAAGGACCAGACUGAGAGCGAGGAGGGGGCGCAGGAAAAUUCCUUUUCCAUGGACCCCCAGCUGGAGAGGCAGGUGGAGACCAUCCGGAACCUCGUGGAUUCCUACGUGGGGAUCAUCAACAAAUCCAUCCGGGACCUGAUGCCAAAGACCAUCAUGCACCUCAUGAUCAACAAUACCAAGGAUUUCAUCCACGGGGAGCUGCUGGCGUUCCUGUACUCGGGCUCGGACCAGGCCAGCCUGAUGGAGGAGUCCCCCGAGCAGGCGCAGCGGCGCGAGGAGAUGCUGCGCAUGUACCACGCCCUGCGCGAGGCGCUCGCCAUCAUCGGCGACAUCAGCACCAGCACCGUCAGCACCCCCGUGCCCCCCCCCGUGGACGACACCUGGCUGCAGCCCGGGGGCUCCCACAGCCCCCCUCCCCAGCGCCGCCCGCCCUCGGCGCUGCCCCCCCCGGGCCGCCCCCCCUCUCUCCGCGCCCCCGCCCCGGGGCCGCCGCCGCUGCUGCCGCUGCCCGCGGGGGGCCCCGGGCCCGGCCCCGCCUUCGCCGCGCCCCCCAUCCCGUCCCGCCUCGGGCCCCUGGGCGCCGCCAGCGACCCCUUCGCGGCCCCGCCCCAGAUCCCGGCCCGGCCCGCCCGCGUCCCGCCGGGAAUCCCGCCCGGAGUGCCCAGGAGACCCCCGGCGGCCCCGAACCGCCCGACCAUCAUCCGCCCGGCCGAGCCCUCGCUGCUGGAUUAGCCCAGAGCUGCCGCGGGGCGCAGGGAUCCGCGGGGUCC